GAAGAGAGAGGCCUGGGGCCCGGCCGGGGCUUCCUACUGAGCCUUCCACCCCCAGCUCUGCUCCUGGAGGCCACAUUUAGAUGCUGGUCAUGCAGGCGUGAGCCUGGUCUCAAGGGGCACCUGGAGGGACCCAGCACACCGACCGUCAUCCCCCUGGGGCCUGGGCACCGCAACCAGGGGCCAGUGAGAGAGGGCCACGGUGCUCACCCCUCCCGGGGUGCUGGGGCAGUCAGCCCAGCCGGGCUUGUCUCAGCCACACUGUCGGCAGGAAGCGGCCAGAGGAGAAGGUGCUCUCAAGCCACAGGGUAUCUGGGGGAACUGAGCAGGCUGGAAGGAAGCGUCUGACCACAGCUCCCACCCCAGGGUCAGGAUGGCCACUGUGGAGGGCCACACCGGGACGCCCGGCUUCGACCGCCAGAACUCCAGCGGUGCCGUGUCCCUGGACUUCGAGCCCGACGAGCAGUACCACUUCCUGGAGCAGCUGGAGGAGCGGUACCGGUGUGCCCACUGCAGGGCCGUGCUGCACAACCCCCACCAGACGGGCUGUGGCCACCGCUUCUGCCAGCGCUGCAUCUGGGCCCUGGGGGAGCACAGCACCCCUGCCCUCUGCCCGGUGGACAAGGAGGUGAUCCGGUCCCAGGAGGUGUUCAGAGACAACUGCUGCCUGAGGGAAGUCCUCAGCUUGUACGUCUACUGCAAGAACGCGCCCGAGUGUCCCGCCAAGGUCACCCUGGGCCGCUACCAGGACCACCUGCAGCAGUGCCCGUUUCAAGCUGUGCCAUGCUCCAACGAGCGCUGCCCAGAAGCCGUGCUUCGGAAAGACCUGGAAGAGCACCUGGUGACGCACUGCCAGUUCCGAGAGGAGAAGUGUCCGUACUGCAAGACGGGCGUGGCGGUGGUCAGCCUGCAGAGCCACGAGGAGAACGUGUGUCCCAAGUGCCCGGUGUCUUGUCCCAACAAGUGUCCGUGGACUCUGCCGAGAACCGAGGUGGAGGAACACCUGGCCGUGUGUCCGGAAGCCGAGCAGGACUGUCCUUUCAAGCUCUAUGGCUGCUCCGUCAAGGAUAAACGGGCCAACCUGCAGGCCCACAAGCACGCGGCCUUGCAGGACCACAUGCUCAUGGUUUUAGAGAGGAAUUUCCGGCUGGAAGAACAGAUCUCUGAUUUAUAUAAGAGCCUGGAACAGAAAGAAAGCAAAAUCCAGCAGCUCGCAGACACUGUAGCGAAAUUUGAGAAGGAGUUCAAGCAGCUCACGCAGUUAUUUGGCAAGAACGGCAGCUUCCUCUCAGACGUGCAGGCUCUGGCCAGUCACAUGGACAGGUCAGCCUGGCUGGAGACGCAGGUGCGGCAGCUGCUUCAGACGGCGAGUCGGCCGCAGAGCAGCUUGGACCUGAGGUCUCUGGUGGACGCGGUCGACGCAGUGAAACAGAAGGUCGCCUUGCUGGAGGCCCACGACCAGAGACUAGGGCUGCUGGAGGGCCAGAGCGGCCGGCACGACGCCCACCUCCAGGCGCACACGUCGCGGCUGAGCCUGGCCGAGGAGCGCUGCGGGCUGCUGGAGGGCGCCCGCUACGGCGGCAGGCUGGUGUGGAAGGUGAGCGGGUACGGGCCGCGCAAGCGGGAGGCGGCGGCCGGCCGCGCCGUGUCCAUCUUCAGCCGGCCCUUCUACACCGGCCGCUGCGGCUACCGCCUGUGCGCCCGCGCCUACCUCAACGGCGACGGCUCGGGCCGCGGCUCGCACCUGUCGCUCUACUUCGUGGUGAUGCGCGGCGACUUCGACGCGCUGCUGCCCUGGCCCUUCCGGCAGAAGGUCACCCUGACGCUGCUGGACCAGAGCGGCCGCGGCGCCCACGUGGCCCAGACCUUCAGGCCCGACCCGCACAGCGGCAGCUUCCGCAGGCCCGACGGCGAGAUGAACGUCGCCUCGGGCUGCCCCCGCUUCGUGCCGCACGCCACCCUGGAGAGCCCCGAGCACGGCUACGUGAGGGACGACACCCUGUUCCUGAAGGUGGCCGUGGACCUCAGCGACCUGGAGGACCUCUAGCCCCGCCCGGCC